CCGGGAGGUCAUAUGAUGCUGGUUGGACUGGACGGAACAGGGAAAUUAAGCAGUGCAGCCUUGGCCUGCUACAUAUCAAAUUGCAAGCUCUUCCGGUUGUCCAUAACGCAGAGUUACAGCCACACGGAAUUCAGGGAGGAGCUGAAGAAAAUAUUCAAGGAAGCUGGACUGCAAGGCAAGAACGUGGUACUCCUCAUUAGAGGUUCUGACAUCAUUAAGGAUUCUUUCCUAGAGGAUAUAAACAGCAUCCUGAACUCGGGAGAAGUUCCUGACCUGUUUGACAAGGAAGAACUGGAUGGUCUCUUUGUGGAGCUCCAAACAGACGCUGUAGAGGCCAACAUGUCUGACAGUGCAGAGUCUAUGCUGACAUUCUUCCUGCAGCGGGUUCGUUCAAAGCUACAUGUGGUCCUUGCCCUGAGUCCUGCAGGACAGACAUUACGUGAACACUGCAGAUCUCACCCAUCUCUGGUCAACUGCUGUACUAUAGACUGGUAUGACGAGUGGCCGGAGGAAGCCCUCUGCAGUGUGGUCAACAGUUACAUCACACAGCAUCAUCUGCUGCAAGACAAUCAGGGUCUUCAGGACGGGAUUGCUCAAGCCUGUGUCGCCAUUCACAAAAGUGUUUCCAGCAAAGCAGAACAAUAUUUG